AUGCGGGUGAACGAUGGGAGAUAUACCAAGUUUCAGAACGACAUCAAGAGCAUCAUUCCCGAGGAACGCAUUUACACCGAUCCGGUGAAGACGUUCGCGUACGGGACGGACGCCUCGUUUUAUCGUCUCCUGCCGCAGGCGGUGGUGAAGAUCCACAACGAGACCGAGGUGAAGAAGGUUUUGCCCGUCGCGGCAGAAAAUGAAACGCCGGUGACUUUCCGAGCCGCCGGGACCUCGCUCUCGGGUCAAGCGGUGUCGGACUCCAUCUUGCUCAAGCUGUCGCACACGGGGCAGAAUUUCAGAAAGUACGAAAUCAAGGGGGACGGGAGCGAAAUUACCGUCGAACCGGGAUUGAUUUUGGGUGAAGUCAACCGAUUACUUCAAGCACACAAAAUCAAGGGUGGUCACGACGUUCAGUACAAGAUGGGUCCCGAUCCGUCGUCCAUCGACUCGUGCAUGAUUGGCGGCGUCGUCGCGAACAACUCCUCGGGCAUGUGCUGCGGCGUGUCUCAAAACACCUACCACACGCUCAAGGACAUGCGCAUCGUCUUCGUCGACGGUACCGUUCUCGACACGUCCGACCAAGCCAGCCGCGAAUCUUUCAUGCGCACGCACAAGCCGCUCGUCGAGGGUGUGCAAGCGCUCGCGCGCCGCGUGCAAGCGGACGAGGAGCUCACCGCGCUCAUCAAGAAGAAGUUCGCCAUCAAGUGCACCACUGGUUACUCCAUCAACGCCUUGGUGGAUCACCCGGUGGACGACCCGAUCGAAAUCAUCAAGCGUUUGAUGAUUGGCAGCGAAGGUACGCUCGGUUUCGUGAGCCAGGCGACGUACAAGACCGUCGUCGACCACCCGCACAAGGCGAGCGCGUUCAUCGUGUUCCAAGACGUCGAGGAUGCGUGCAAGGCUGCGGCCGUGUUACGUCGGGAAACCGACGUCGAUGCCGUCGAGUUGUUCGAUCGUGCCUCGCUGACGCAGUGCGAAGGUCACGAAAAGAUCAUGAACUUGGUGCCGACGAUUAAGGAGGCGCCCAAGUACGGCGCCGCGCUUCUCAUCGAGUGCCGAGGUGCGACGGAUGAAGAGCUGAACAAAGGUAUCUCUGCCGUCGAGAAGUCCAUCGACAACGCUGGUGUGCGAUUCUUGCACCCGCGCACGGAAAAGUACCCCUUCAGCAAGGAGGAAGACGUUUACAAGGUGUACUGGGACGUCCGCAAGGGUCUCAUCCCGAUGGUCGGUUCCAGCCGCGAAGCCGGUACGUCUGUGCUCAUCGAAGACGUCGCGUGCGAAGUCGACAAGCUCGGUAACAUGACGAAAGACUUGAUCGCCAUGUUUGAAAAGUUUGGAUACGACGAUGCGUCUUGCAUGGGUCACGCCCUGGAGGGCAACUUGCACUUGGUUUUCUCUCAAGGUUUCCGAACCGACGAAGAAGUCAAGAUGUACUCGGCGAUGAUGCAAGAGAUGUGCGAAAUCGUCGCCGUCAAGUACCAGGGCAGCCUCAAGGCUGAGCACGGUACCGGUCGUAACGUUGCGCCGUUCGUGGAGAUGGAGUGGGGUACCAAGGCGUACGACAUCAUGUGGGAGUUGAAGGAGCUCUUCGACCCGAACUACGUGUUGAACCCGGGUGUCAUCCUCAACAGAGAUCCGCACGUGCACGAGAAGAACCUCAAGCCCAAGCCGGUCGCCGAUCCCAUCGUCGACAUGUGCAUGGAGUGUGGCUUCUGCGAAUCCAACUGCCCGACUCGCGACGUCUCGCUCACGCCGCGACAGCGCAUCACCGUGUACCGCGAAAUCUCUCGCCUCCAGGCGAUUGAACCGAACACUCGCACGAAGGAAGACCAGAGCCGAUUGGACGAAUUCCUUGACAUCUUCGCGUACGCUGGUAACAGCACGUGCGCAGCUGAUGGUAUGUGUGAAGUGAAGUGCCCGGUUGGCAUCAACACCGGCGAGCUCGUCAAGAGCAUCCGCAACCGCGAGAUGGAAACCGCGCGAUCGGCCAAGUCCAUGGCUGGCAUGGUCGCGCGCAACUUUGGUGCCGCCACGUCUGUGGUGCCGCCGCUCUUGAACACGGUCUCUAUGGCGCACGGUAUCCUCGGUGAAGGUGUGUUGAAGGGCGUCUCGAAGAUGUUGAACAAGGCUUCGGGCGCCAUGAUUCCGGUUUGGAACCCGUACAUGCCCACUGGUGCUCCCAAGCUUCCGGCGCCGCUUCCGGCGCGUGCCGACGCGGCACCGUCCAAGGGUAUUCCUCGCAAGGUGGUUUACUUGCCGUCGUGCGUGACUCGCAUGAUGGGUCCGGUGAAGGGCGAAGAAGCGAACGGCGGCGUUGCCGACGCGAUGAUGAGCAUCUUGGAUAAGGCCAAGUACGAAGUUGUUUACCCCGAAGGUCUCAACUCCCAAUGCUGCGGGAUGAUCUUCAACUCUCGUGGUCUCAAGGACCAAUCUUUAGCUAAGGGUUACGAUCUCGAGCAAGCGCUCUUGAAGGCUUCCGAAGGGGGCAAGUACCCGAUCAUUGUCGACACGUCUCCGUGCUUGGCGCAGAUCAAGGAGCAACUCGAAAGCCCUGAGCUUCGUUUCGCGCUUUACGAGCCGUCUGAGUUCAUCGCCAACCACCUUAUCGAUAAGCUCGAAUGGAACAAGGUGAAGAAGCACAUCGCCGUGCACGUGCCGUGCUCGUCGAAGAAGAUGGGCGUCGAGCAAACCUUUAUGAAGUUGGCGAGCAAGUGCGCCGACGAGGUCUCCGGCUCCGGUAUCCCGUGUUGCGGUAUGGCUGGUGAUCGCGGUAUGCGAUACCCCGAAAUCACCGACUCUGCCUUGGGCUACAUGAACCUCCCUAAGGGUUGUACCGAUGGCUACUCCACUAGCCGCACGUGCGAAGUGAACCUCUCCAACCACGCGGACGGCGUCCCCUUCCGCGGGUUGGUGUACCUCGUCGAUGAGGCGACUUCCCCGAAAAAGUAA